CGCAGCGGCAGCGUCUGCUUCCCGGUUGCGCGGCCCAUCUAGUCGGUGCUUGCCCCCCCCGGAUUCCCCUGAUCUUGACCGUUCCCGUUGGUGACUCCCACCCCGCUACCAGGGGUGUGUCCACCGCCCAGGUAUCAGACUGCUGUGAAGGGCUUGCUUUGUCUGUCCUUAGCAUCAUCCAGCGUAGAUGAAGCAUUAGGACAGAGGAAGUUGAGGCCAAACGCUCAAACCAAGAUCUCGCAGACGGACUCUGACCCACCGGGACCCGGCAGACAGCAGCAAACAACCGAUGGAAGGAAAGGCCAGUGACCUCCUCACGGACGUACCUGCCUCCGAGGGGGGAGAGGGUGUGCAGAGGAGCGCGUCCCCAGGGGAAGGCCCGUCGCCCUGCCCGCUCUGCGAGAAGGUGUUUCCCGACCAGUCCACGCUGCGGCGCCACCGGAUGGCCCACACGGAGAUCCGGCCCUUCAGGUGCAACGACUGCGGUAAGGCCUUCCAGAACAGCCUGGACCACAUGUGGCACCGGCGGAUGCACACGGGCGAGAAGAGCGUCGCCUGCCCCGAGUGCGAAAAGGCCUUCAGUAACUUCUCGUACCUGCAGGCGCACCUGCGCAGCCACACCGGCGAGCGGCCCUUCUCCUGCCCCGACUGCGGAAAGGCCUACGGCCACGCCUCGCACCUGGUGGUGCACCGCCGCACCCACACCGGCGAGCGUCCCUUCUCCUGCCCCGACUGCGGCAAGGCCUUCACCCACUCCUCCCACCUAAAGGGCCACCAGCGCACCCACUCCGGCGAGCGGCCCUUCUCCUGCCCCGACUGCGGCAAGGCCUUCGCCCAGUCUUCCCAACUUGUGGAGCACCGGAGGGUUCACACUGGAGAGAAGCCCUUCACCUGCCCCUUCUGCGGGAAGAGCUUGGCUCGGUUGUCCGAGUUCCAGGCCCAUCAGCGCACCCACACGGGGGAGAAGCCCCACGCCUGCCCGGACUGCGGGAUGAGCUUUAGUACCACUUGCAGCUUGCGGCAGCACCAGCACGUCCACACCGAGCAGCGGCCCUACCCCUGCCCCGACUGCGGCAAGGCCUUCAAGGCACCCCGGAAUCUGAAGCAGCACCUCGUGAUCCACGCCGGGGAGAAGAACAACUUCUGCUCCGUCUGCGGGAAGGCCUUCAUCCGCUCCUACAACCUGCGGAGGCACCAGCGGGUCCACACCAAGGAACGGAAUCCAGCAGCUAUGCAACAGGAGGGACAGGGAGUUAGAAGAGCCCGGCAGCGCUGCUCCACGCUGCAGGCGGCAGUACAAGCUGCCCAGACUGGAGCCAACGAUCUCGGGGUCAGGGGGACUGAAGUCGCCUGCAGGCUAAUACAGCUGCAGCAGGCGGGGGCAGCCCGCUGGUCUGGCUGGCAGCCGGACCCGCUAAAAAUUCGAGCCCUGGUCCAGCGCGGCGACAAGCUGGAUCCGCGGCUGCGGGGUGGGGAUAUAUGGCUACACGGUGACGGGGAGGGGGUGCCCGAGGAGCCUAGUUCCCAAAACCGCCCGCCCGCCCAUGCACCCGAACCCCUGCACGCUCGACCCGUCACCACGCGGUCCCAGGUCCACCGCAGAGAGGAGGGGGAUGAGGAUGACCAAGCCGCAGGGGGGCAUGCCCGUGGUCCCUCCGAGACCCGGGAUUUCUCCCCAAAGGAGCGAACCCAGCUGGCGGAUCGGUACCGCCAACGGCCGGGCAAGCACCUGGCCACGUGGCUGCUCCGACUAGGCCAAGCCAAUCACUCGCUAGAACGUUCUGUGGGCGGGCGUUGGGAAUCACGUGGAGCCUCGGUUCCGGCAACGUGCAGCGGCGGAAUCUGCUUUCCGGUUUGCGCGGCCCGUCUGCUCGGUGUUUCCUCCCGGAUUCCCCCCGAUCUUGACCGGUCCCUGUCGGCGAUUCCGACCCCGCUGCCGGGUGGGAAACCGCAGCCGGGGGUUGUCCGCCGCCCAGGAGUGACUCAGGAGUGCCAGGAUCUGGCAAACAGCAGACAACGACCGAUGGAAGGAGAGCCCUGUGACGUCCUCACAGCCAUACCUGGCUCCAAGAGUGGCGAGGGUGUGCUGGGGGAAGCACCCUCCGGGCAGAACCUGUUGCCGUGCAUACUGUGCGGGAAUGUGUUUCCCGACCAGUCCAUGCCGCACCACAACAGGCUAGCCCACAAUGAGAUCCGGCCCUUCAGGUGUGACGACUGCAGCAAGGCCUUGAAGAGCGGCCAGGACCUCUCACGGCUCCAGCGGAUCCACACUAGGGAGAAGAGCAUCACCUGCCCCGAGUGUGGCAAGGCCUUCAGCAGCUUCUCUCACCUGCAGGCGCACCUGCGCAGCCACACCGGUGAGCGGCCCUUCUCCUGCCCCGACUGCGGCAAGGCCUACGGCCACUCCUCACACCUGGUAGUGCACCGGCGCACCCACACCGGCGAGCGCCCCUUCUCCUGCCUCGAGUGCGGCAAGAGCUUCAUUCGCUCCUCACACCUCCUUCAGCACCGGAGGACCCACACCGGCGAGCGGCCUUUCUGCUGCCUCGACUGCGGCAAGAGCUUCGUCCAGUCCUCCCACCUGGUGCAGCACCGGAGGGUUCACACCGGGGAGAAGCCCUUCACCUGCCCCUUCUGCGGGAAGAGCUUCGCCGGGUUGUCGAAGCUCCAAAUCCAUCAGCGAUCGCACACGGGGGAGAAGCCCCACACCUGCCCGGACUGCGGGAUGAGCUUUAGUACCACUUGCACCUUGUGGCGGCACCAACACGUCCACACCGAAGAGCGGCCCUACCCCUGCCCCGAGUGCGGCAAGGUCUUCAAACGACCCCGGUACCUGAAGCAGCACCUGGUGAUCCACACCGGGGAGAGGAACUACUACUGCACGGUCUGCGGGAAGGCCUUCGUCCGCUACUCCUACCUGUGGAGGCACCGGCAGCCCUUCUCCUGCCCCACGUGCAGCCAGGCCCUCAUCAACUCCUCCCAGCUAAUGGACUCUCGGCCGAUCCACACCGGGGAGGAGCCCUCCUCCUGUCUCAAAUGCAACAAGGCCCUCAUCAACUCCUCCCAGGCGAGAAGUCCUUCACCUUCCAUGUCUGCGGGAAGGGCUUCACUGGCUCGUCACAGCUCCAGAACCAUCGAUAGAGACAGUCGGUCAGCUGUCCUGAUUGUGGCGCACCUGUGCAGCCACACCGGUGAGCGGCCCUUCUUCUGCCUCGAGUGUGGCAAGGCCUAUGGCCACUCCUCACACCUGGUAGUGCACCGGCGCACCCACACCGGCGAGCAGCCCUUCUCCUGCCCCGAGUGUGGCAAGGCCCUCAUCAACUCCAUCCAGCUAAUGGACUCUCGGCCGAUCCACACCGGGGAGGAGCCCUUCACCUUCUGUGUCCGUGGGAACAACAACUCUCAGCCCGUUGACACGUCUCCUCAACCGUGCGGCUCUGCCCUAUUGGUGGACCUCAGAGAGGAAGGCGGGACCAUGCUCGCGGCCGCGGUGAUUGGUCAGCGGCCGUAUCCUGGUCACGUGAUGCCGUCCGCCCGGCGUCUCGCCGGGGGUCACGUGAGGGGGAUCCGCGGUCAGCUUGAAGAGGCCUCGCUCGGCACCGGGAGCGUCAGCGCUGGUGGGCCAGGAGUGCGCGGGGUGGCCAACGCGCAGGCGCGCGGCGGGCUGAUUGGCAGCCCCGAGGGGCGGGGCUACUGUCCGUGCGAGCAUGCGCAGUGGCGAGCGGCCGUCCUGGAUUUCCCGCGCCCUCUCGCUAAGAGGGUUGGACCUGAUCCCUGGGAAGGGAGAACCCUGGCUAUGGACAGUGAGAGCGGGAAGCAGAGCGCGCCGGCGGAGGAGGAGGAGGGGGAGAACCACAUCUGCUCGGUGUGCGGGCUGAGCUUCACCCGCCUGGAGGAGGUGCAGGCCCACGCCCGCGAGCACGCCCGGCCGGAGACCUACCAGUGCGAGGUGUGUGGCGAGUCCUGGCUCUACCCGAGGCUGCUGGAGGCGCACCGGCGCAUUCACACCGGCGAGACGCCCUUCACCUGCGCUGAGUGCGGCAAGGGCUUCACCCGCUCCGGCAACCUGCUGGCCCACCAGAGGGUCCACACCGGCGAGCGGCCCUUCCUCUGCACCCGCUGCGGCAAAGCCUUCAAGACGGCCCAGCACCUGAAGGAACACUUGCGGCUACAUGCCUCGGCCCCCUCUCCUUGCCCCCGGUGUGGCAGAGACCCCAGAGGCAAGGAAUGCCCCAACUGCGUGGGGCGGGUGAAGGGGUCUGCCGGGGACGGGGGGCGUCUCCACAGCUGUCCCGAUUGCCGCAGGAGCUUCCGCAGCCCCCGGGACCUGGCCCAGCACCGGGGCGUCCACAGCGGCGAGCGUCCCCAUGCCUGCCCCGUCUGCGGCAAGGGUUUCGCCCGCACCUCCGGCCUGCGGCGGCACCGGCUUGUCCACACCGGCGAGAAGCCCUUCACCUGCCCCAUCUGCGGCAAGGGCUACACCCAGUCGUCCAGCCUGCUGGCCCACCGCACCGUCCACACCGGCGAGAGCCCCUACUCCUGCCCCGACUGCGGCAAGGGCUUCACUCGCCUCUCCCACCUCAGCCAGCACCGGCGGGUCCACACCGGUGAGCGGCCCUUCACCUGCCCCGAGUGCGGCAAGGGCUUCACCCACUCCUCCAGCCUCCUGCGGCACCAGCGGGUGCACACCGGCGAGCGGCCCUUCGCUUGCCCCGUCUGCGGCCUGGAGUUCUCGCAGUCAUCCCACCUGCGGCGGCACCUGCCCGCCCACACCGGCCUGAAGCCCUUCGUCUGCGCCGAGUGCGGGAAGGGCUUCACCGAAUCCUCCAACCUGCUGAGGCACCAGCAGAUCCACACUCGGGACUGACCCGCCGACUGGGUGGGGCCGGAGACGUGGGGGUGGGGGGGUGCAGUUGCAGCUCCCUCUUCCCCCAGCCCCCAACGGUUAGAGAUUCAGCGACAGGGGGCGCAGAAAAGGCUUUUCGGCCCAACUGAUCCAUCCUAAUUUAGGUUCCAAAUCUCCCCCCCCCCCGCCCCAAUGGUUUGUAGCGCUCACCCACACGCUAAGGGGGGGGGCAGUUCACAGCAGAUUGACCCACGACCCCGCACGUCAUUGGGUCAGGGGUCACACAGCAUGGCAGCUGGCCCUUUGUCCCAACAAACCUGUACAGAGUUGUUACCCCAAUCCCCAACCUCUCUGAAUCGCACCCACCUUUGGACAACCUGCUCCCCAACCUCCCAUUUCUACAACCCCACCCCCGGCCUAGUUUUGCAUCUGGGUGGGUAAUGUACCUGCCUGCCCCACUCCCAUAGGCAGCUCAUUCCACAUACGCACCACCCUCUGGGAGGAAAUUGUGACCCUCUCGGUUUUUCUUCUCUCACCUGAAACCUGUGCCCUCACUUUUUGACUCUCCUUCCCUGCGGGGAGAAGACUGUGACCUUCCACCUUAUCUGUGCCCCGUCAGACCCCCUCCAGCAUCCUUGGCUCCAGGGAAAACAGUCGCAGCCUGUCCAGCCCUGGCAAUACGAUGUCAUCAGUUUCAAGAUAAUUACGGUCGUCGGGUUGGGAUUCCAAGCUGGGAGAAAACCGAGUUUUGAUGCUAUCUGCCAAGCGUGGAUUGGGUCAGGUUGUCUUCUGGCCGAGGUGUACUUGGUACGUGGGAGGCCUUCAGAAGUGCAGUUUUGAGAGUACAGAGUUUGUAUGUUCUUGUCAGGGUAAAAGGCAAGGGUAACAUGUUUCGGGAACCUUGGCUUUCAAGAGAUACUGAGGCCCUGUUUAAGGAAAAGGGGGUGUGUGGCAGGUAGGAGCAAGUGAGGUGCUUGAGCAGUGUAAGAAAUGCAAGAGAACACUAAAGGAAAUCGGAAAGACUAGAAGGCAAAAGGUUGCUCUACAGACAAGGUGAGGGAGAAUCCUAUGGGCUUCUACAGAUAUAUUAAGACCAAAACGAUAGCAGGGGACAAAAUUGGUCCUGUGGAAGAUCAGUGCUAUCUAUACGUGGAGCCGAAAAAGACGGGGAGGUCUUCAGUGGAUUUUUUUUGCAUCUGGUGUGAGCAGCAGUGAGGACAUGGACCCAUUAUAGAUUACAGAGGGGGGCGUGGUUUAUGCUGUCAUGAGGCAGACGAGGGUGGAUAAAUCCCCAGCACCUGACAGUGUGUCCCUUCAGUCCCUGUCGGAGGCAAGUGUAGAAACUGCAGGGGUAUUUAAGACAUCCUUAGCCACAGGUGAGCCGCUGGGGGAGCGGAGUAUGACGAGUGUUGUUCCCUUGUUUAAGAAAGGCUCAAAGAUUAAGCCAGGAAAUUAUAGGCCAGUGAGCCUGACUUCAGCAGUGGGUAAGUUAUUGGAAAGUAUUCUAAGGGACAGAUAUAUUAAUAUUUGGGUAGACAGGGACUGAUUAGGGAUGGUCAACAUGGCUCUGUGUGUGGAAGAGUGACUCUUAGCUUCAAGGGUUUUUCAAGGACGUUACCAGGAAUAUUGAAAGCAAGGCAUGUUGUCUGCAUGGAGAUUAGCAAGGUCCCACAAGAAGUUUCAGCCGCUCAGCAUUCACGAUGAGGUGGAAGAUUGGAUUGGUGGGAGAAGCCAGAGAGUGAUGGUAGGUGGUUGCCUCUCUGACUGGAGGCCUGUGACUAGCAGAGUGUCGCCGGGAUCGGUACUGGGUGCAUUGUUUGCCAUCUGUAUCAAUGAUCUGGAUGAUAAUGUGGUUAACUGGAUCAGCAAAUUUGCAGUUGACACCAAGAUUGGGUGUGUAGCAGACAGCGAGGAAGACGAUCAGAGCUUGCAGUGGGUUCUGGACCAGCUGGAAAAUGGGCUGAAAGGUGGCAGAUGGAAUUUAAUGCAGACAAGUGUGAGGAAUUACACUUUGUGGGGACAAACCAGGGUAGGACUUGGCACAGUGAAUGAUAGGGCACCGAGGAGUGCGGUAGAACAGGGGGAUCUGGGAAUGCAGAUCCAUAAUUCCUUGAAAGUGGCGUCACAGGUAGAUAGGGUUGUAAAGAAAGAUUUUGGAAUUCAGAAGUUAAAGUACUGAGUACAGGAGAUGGGAAGUUAUGUUGAAGUUAAAUAAGGCAUUGGUGAGGCUUAAUUUGGAGUGUCGUGUGGAGCUUUGGUCACCUACCUACAGGAAAGAUGUGAAUAAAAUUGAAAGAGUACAGAGAAAAUUUACAAGGAUUUUGCAGGGACUUGAGGACCUGAGUGAUAGGGAAAGAUUGAAUACGUCGGGACUUCAUUCCCUAGAACGUAGACGAUCGAGGGGAGAUUUGACAGAGGUAUACAAAAUUAUGAGGGGUAUUGAAAGGGUAAAUGUAACCAGCUUUGUCCACUGGUGUUGGGUGGGACUACAACCAGAGGUCGCGGGUUAAGGGUGAAAGAGGAAACGUUUAAGGAGAACAUGAGGGGAAACUUCUUCACUCAGAGGGUUGUGAGAGAGUGGAACGAGCUGCCAGUGGGAGUUGCGGAGGCAGGUUCGAUUUCAAGAAAUUUGGAUAGGGGCUGCGGUCUGGGUGCAGGUUAAUGGGGCUGGCCAGUUAAAUAGUUCAGCAUGGAAUAGAUGGGCUGAAGAGCCUGUUUCUGUGCCAUGACUGACUAUAACAUGCCACAUGCGUCAUGCCUUUCAGGACAUCGUGCACUGUUUCCUCCCAGGAUUCUGACCUCUACCCGAUUAAAAAGAACACCUUCUUUCUGGACCGUAAGACCAUAAGACAUAGACAUUCGGACAUCGAGUUUGCUGCAGCAGUCGACUGUUUUCCUUCUCAGCCCCGUUCUCACCUUACUAAGUGAGAACCUUUCCGCCUCUGCUGUAAAUACACUUGGAGUCCACGGGCAUUUGCGGCAAUGAAUUCCAAAGAUUUACCACCUUUUGGCUUUAACUCCAUUCUGGACCCCUUUUAACUCCUUUAGCUCCAGAUGAGAGGGGCAAAAGUCCCUGCUGAUCGUUGCCCACUGCCUCACGCCGAUCCCACUGUUUGAGAGUCUCUGCACAUUCUCACCGACACCUCCUGCACCCCCUUAACCCAAAUUUGGCUCCUGACCGUCCUCCCGCCACAUUCCUCUCCAUCCCCACCCUGUCCAGACCCCUCCGGAUCUCCCACUGCUUCCUGUUGCCCGUACAGAAAACCUUUGGACUGUUCCUCACGCACCAGCGUCCUUCCUUAAAUAGCCGGACCGUGCAUGGUACACUGGGGAUGCCUGCAAACCGCUGACACCCGGGUUCGAUCCUGACUUCCACUGCUGCCCUUGCGCACGUGUGUGUGUGUGUCUGCGCCUCUGUGUGUUCGGUUGUGUCCCAAAGCUCCCUAAGCGACGGGUUGGUCCAGCCCACUGAUCGCCAUUCAGUUCAGAAGUCGGGAAGCUGUGUUGAAGCCUUUGAUACACCACUUCUGGAGUAUUGCAUUCAGUUCUGGCCACCCCGUUACAUAAAGGGGGCUUUGGGGAAAGCAGAAGAGGUUUGCCGGGGUUCUUCCUGCAUCAGGGAGAGGAUGGACAAAAUUGGGUUGUUUCCUCUGAGGCACGUGGCCAAGUGGUUAAGGCAUUUGACUAGCAACCUGAAGGUCGUGAGUUGGAGCCCCAGCCGAGGCAGCGUGUUGUGUCCUUGAGCAAGGCACUAAACCACACAUUGCUCUGCGACGACACCGGUGCCAAGCUGUAUGGGUCCUAAUGCCCUUCCCUUGGACAACAUCGGUGUCAUGGAGAGGGGAGACUUGCAGCAUGGGCAACUGCCGGUCUUCCAUACAACCUCGCCCAGGCCUGUGCCCUGGAGAGUGAAGACUUUCCAGGCACAGAUCCGUGGUCUGGCAAGAUGAACGGAUGCCUCUCUCUGGAGCGGUGGAAACUAAAGUGAGACCUGAUAGAUGUUUAUAUCGUGUUGAGGGGCACAGAUAGAGUAGACAGCCAGCAUCUUUUCCCCGUGGUUGAAACAUUUAAUACCAGAGGGCGUGCACUUGUGUUGAGAGGGGAAGAGUUAGAGAGCAGAUGUGCAGUGUGAGGUGAUGGGCCCCUGGGCUGGUGGUGAAGACAAAUAAAGCAGAAGGUUCCUACGUGGACAGGGCACCGACAUCGUGGAGGUAGGAGGGUUAGAGAGCCAUUACCUUAAUUAGUUCAGUACAAGAGGGUGCGUGAAAGGUCUUGUUCGUCUGCUGUGUGCGUGAGUGGUGUUGGCAUGUUCUGCCCGUCACCUUGUGGUUUCUCACCCCGUCCCCCAUCCCAGUGAUAUUUGGGGUCAGUGGGUUAACAGGCUGCUGUGAACUGCCCCCCACCCCUCUCCCCUCUAUGUGGGUGAGGGGAGGGGAGGGAGAGAGCUGAUGGGAGCCUCGGUUGGGGGCGUGGACCCUACACUCUUUCUGCCCAACCCACGUCUCCCUAUCGCCCUCUCACACCCUGACAUCUCCAGUUCAAGCACGAUCCCCACCACCCCACGAGGAGCUCCCCCCUGACCUACCCCUGUGUGAAUCGCUCGACUACCUGCCCAGUGGGAGGCGUUUCGAAGAGCUUUACAGGAACACCCCCCCCCCCCACAGUGGAGUGGAAGCAGAGGCUCUCGCCGAAGGCAACAGAAGACUGAACCGAGGGAGGAAGCCUUUUUUCUCUGCCCCUGACUGCCCUCUUCCUGUCCACUCGUGACUGGGUCCAUCCCUGAGAAUGGAAUCAUUGAGUCACUGCUCCUAACCGGGGGGUGGGAGGGCAGGGAGAGAGAGAGAGACACGACAAGAGACACUCCAGCUACAUCCAGGCGGAGAGGAACCGGUUUUCGCUCGCCUGAGACCCCCUGCUCCGGGAUGGAGGGAACAGCUCCGUGAAAUAUCGGCUGGGACGCUCUGGCAGAGGCUGGCCGGAAUCUGGAGCACACUGCCUGAAGGGGGUGGUGGAGCUGAGACUCUUGCGAACUUGAAGAAGAGAUCGGCGUACUUGACGCUACGGACUCCAUACGUCCGCCUGCCCCCCGGAAGCUGACUGGGACAGACUUGAUAAGCCUGCAGCCUGCUGGAGAAGGUACAGGGGUAGAAGACCUGCUGAGGCUGCCGGCCAGCACUGGGACUGGACCCGGUCCCAUCGUGAAGCUAUUGGGACACUCAGAUGCUCCUGGUGAUAAGUCGUCACAACCACGCAGCUAUUUGGGACAGGGCGCUUGGCUCUUCAGUAAUUCUUGUCCAGGACACAGCCAUUCACUCUGGGAGCUGACCCUUCCCCUCCCGCUCUUCCCCAUUCCCACCCCCUGGAACUCUUAUGGUGACCUAAACUUCUGCAGAUGCUGGCAAUCUAGAACAAUGACUGAAAAAUUCUGGAAAAUCUCCGCCAGAUUUAGCUGGUUUAGAGACCGAGAGCAAUACGGCAUCGAUCACAAAUCGAGUUCAUCAUCACUCUCCUAAUGAUGUUAAGUUUAUUGUUUUGCGGCAGCUGUACAGUGAAAAGAUAGAAAAUGACUAUAAAUUUGAAGAAUAAAUUAAUAGUGCGAAAAGAAAAGCGAUGAUGUAGAAGUGUCCGUGGGUUUGUGGACCGUUCGGAGGGCAAGAUGCUGUUCCUGAAUUGAUGAGUGUUGGCCUUCAGGCUCUUCUCACAGUAGCAACUAGGGGGGAAAAAAGCAUGUCCCGGAGGUGGGGGUCCUCAGUGAUGGAUUCUGCCUUCUUGAAGAUGCCCUCGAUGGUGGGGAGGGUUUUCCCUGUGAUGGGGCUACAACCCUGUGCAGAGUUUCUAAGUUUUUGGUGAUACGCCAAAUAUCCUCAAGCUCCUGACAGCCUCUCACUUUAGAUUAGAUUCAACUUUAUUGUCAUUGUGCCAAGUACAGAUACAAAGCCAAUGAAAUGCAUUUAGCAUCUGACCAGAAGUACAAAAGAGUAGUGUUAUUUACAAAAUAACUGUGAAUAAAAAAAAGUGCUACAGCACACAAAUAUAAAAGUACUGAGACAGUACAAUACGGGUGCAAUACCGCUUAGCGCUGUGAUGAGAGGUUCAGCAGGGUCACAGCCUCAGGGAAAAAGCUCUUCCUGUGCCUGCUGGUGUGGGAGCGGAGGCUCCUGUAGCGCCUACCGGAUGGGAGGAGAGUAAAAAGUCCAUGGUUAGGGUGCGAUGCAUCCAUCAUAAUUACUCAGUACCUUGGGCCCAGAAUAGAUGUUCUCACCCAGGGACUUGAAGCUGCUAACCCCUUCACCACUGACCCCUCCACAAGGAUGGUGUGUCUUCUCCCAACUUCCCCUUGCCGAAAUCCAGAAUUAAUUCACACAGUCAUGGGUGUUGAGAGAGUAGAGCAGUGGGCUAAGCACACACCCCUGAGGUGUGCCUGUGUUGAUUGUCAGCGAGGAGACUGAGGUUUCCCACUGAGGAACUGGAAGAUCCAUUUGCAGAAGACCAGGAUUUGAAGCUUGGUUGUUAAUACUGAGGGGACAAUGGCGUUAAAGGCCAAGCUGUAAUUGAUGAGCAGCAGACUGACAUAUCUCAGGUACCUAAUAAAGUGGCUACCGAGUGCGUAUUUGUGGCUUCAGUAGCUUUAGCCCUUCCACUUCAAGGUUUAAGGUACUGCACGUUCGGAGAUGCUCCUGUGCACACCACUGUUGUAACACAUGGUCAUUUGAGUUACUGCGGCCUUCCUGUUAGCUUGAACUAGUCUGGCCAGAUGGAAACCUGCGGCAGGGGUGGGGCGUGGGUGAGCUCCAUCAUCGCUGGUUAUCUGGCCACCAUUCUUUUUUUUAUUUUUUAUUUUUUGCACCAUUCGCUCUACUCUAGGAACACACAUCAAAGUUGCUGGUGAACGCAGCAGGCCAGGCAGCAUCUCUAGUCGACGUUUUGGGCCGAGGCCCUUCGCCAGGACUA